GUGUUGUGUGUAUGCCAGGCCCCGUGAUAACAGUUUGUGUGGCUGUUCUGAUUUAACCAUGCAGAGUGUGUAGCCCAGAAAGCGUGGUAACAUUUAGCUGAGCCUGUUUGCCAGAAGGCAGGUGCUUAGUUCUCCAAGCUUCACUAAAAUUUGAUAUUUUGCUUUCGUAAGCUGGUUAGAAGCAUUGCAUGAAAAGACUGCCAACUCUUGUCCCUUUUUGUCCAAACGUUUUUAACUUGCAAAGGAAUCUCAAUGUGUAAAACUUUCCAUUAUAAGGCCACCUGUAAACUUAAAACAGUCAAACUGUUUUUUCAGCUGCCUGCAGCUCUGUUUCUCAACUGACUAAAACUGACAGAUAAAGAUGGCUUUCCCCUGAGAUGGACUGUUUUGUUUGUGGUUAUUAUGUCACUACCAGGAGGGACAGCUCCCCUGAUCCACAGGGAAUGCAGAGAUGCCAUUUACAAAUACAAUCAUAUGCUGACUAGCAACUAAAAAAAAAUAAUAGUUAAAUAAUGAUUUCAUUGUUCGUUUCUGUGUCCAUGACAACUGGGAGAUAUGCAGCUAGAUCCAGACACUGCCUGUGAGCAUUCCUUGCCUCAGAUACUACUAGUUUGAGAAAAUUUACAAUUCAUUUGUGACAAUUGAGCUAAGGAGAAAAAUGUACAUUUCCAAAGUUUGUUUUAGUGGUUUUAGAUCCCUGAAAAGUGAUUCUUUUUUUUAUCACUUCUUUUAUUCACAAGCAUAAUGACUUACCUCUUUGAAAUUCUGCUCUGGCAUAGUCUCUGCUUGAUGAUAGCCAGUGACAUGGAGUUAUCAUCCUGGAAAUGGACUGAGCUGCUUGGGUUCUGUCUCAGCCAAUUAACACUGAUAUGUUGAGUAACUGAAUAGAGAAAAGCCAAAAGGGAAAACUUUAUGUCAACAGCAUGAUAGAGUAAAUCUACUAGAAAAGAAAUAAGAAAUUACAAAGUAGAUGCGAGUGGUUUUUAGGAAGCUCAUAAAGAAUAUUUCAUUGAAGAGACAUUAGCAGAUGAAGCAACUAGAAAUGUAUAGGCAACUGAAUGGAGUGAAAUAGAUAAAAUAUAAAAGUUUUCUAAAAAUAGGAUCAUGUUUCUUCAGUAGUUUUUUUUUUUUUCCUAAAUCACCUGGGAAAAUAAGUGCCUUUUGUGGAAUGGGACAUUACAUCUAGAUCUGUUCUUACCACUUAAUAUCCUAAGUGGUUGUUCAAGAAAGAAACAGGUGGAAUGCAUGAAAAAUAUUUUACAAUACAAGUUAUGGGAUCAAACGAAAGAAAAAGAAAUCUAGGAAUGUAAGAACAUUGGUGAAAGGACUUUUAAAUGGAAUAAUAUCAUACAGAAGGAAUCAUAGAAUGUGUAGCCUUCCUCAGGCUGGCUGCUUUCACCAAACAGGCAGUAGGAAUCAAACCCAGAGAGUCUGGCUUCAGAGACCUGGUGCAAAAUCAUAAAAACCUGACAUCUAACAAAAUUAUUAAACUAUAUGCAGGGAAAAAGAAAUCAGAGAUGAUGAAGAUGGUUUGCUUCUUGGAAAAGCCUGUGUAUGCCCUGUUUCAAGUGGAUAUGCUGAAUAAUCAAGAAUAGAAUGUUACCUGUUUUCUCUCAGCUUCCCAGAUGCCCUAAAGGAGAAUAUUGCCUGAGAAGGAGCUUUUCAUGUAAGAAUAAUUUGUGUUAAGUAGCUCAGUGAUCUGUUUGUUAGGUUAGAGCUGACAGUUUGUUUAUAUUUCUAAAGGGGUAUGAUGAAUGGGGGAGAAGUUGAUGCUAAUUAGCCUAAAUUGUUCCUAAGAAUGUAGAGGGCUUUGCCAGUUUCAUUGUUUCUGUUUCUUUGCACAUUUUAAAUAAUUGAAUGGAGCUCAGACCAUUCAUCAUAAUUUCAGGCAAGAUGGAAAUAAAUGAAUUUAGCACAGGUCCACAUGUGUGAUGGAAGAUGUCACUUUAAAGGGCAAUUAGAUAAGACAUCAACUUGGGGCUAAUGCAGACUACUCUAAUCUAUUUACAUAAAAAUAUCAAACAUGAACGUUUUCAUUUACUCCAUUAAUUUUCUCUGUCAUCAUAGGAGAAUAUAUCUUUUCUUUUUGAAAACCUACUUCAUUAAAGUAGUAGUGCUGUGAUACCAAAUUUGAGCCCUUGGCUUCUGGACGAAAGAGCUGUGGCUAUACUCUCUAAGAAAGCCUUCUCCGCUUCCCUGAUGCCAUCAAAUGGCUCAAAGGAACUCGUUUGAGGAUGGGCUCAGCACUUGGCCAGACUUGGCAGGGGCCCACUCUUCACUUGGAGACUUAGCCUGACAGAAAAAUAUGCAACAGAAUAAAUAUUCACAGUAAGAACCUAAAAUAUCGAGGAAUAUGGCAAAAAUGAGAUCUCCUUUUCCUAUACGCAUUGAUGGGUGAAUCACAUUUCCUGUCCAUCUUAAAGUGCCUCUCAUUCACAGCCUGGAGAAACACCACAUGCAUACAACUACAAAAGAGUUGAGGGUUAACAGUGUGCUCAAGUUUAUGCUAUGUGUGAUUAUCACAUAUCAGAGGAAUGGAUUGACCUAUGGCAACAUGACUGCUUACCCAAACAGUUGUAACCAAGUUCUGCCUUGUUUUAAAAAAAAACAACCAUUAUUUUGCCAACGAGAUAAAGCAACACCAAUAUAAAAUCUAUGCCCCAAGGAGUAGUUUCUAUAAAAAUUUGUCAAGCUUUCAAAAAUGUAUUAAUAAGAGAUGCUGAAAUUGCAUCUGCAACAAGCAAAUCAAGGAUGUCUGUGGCUGAAAAAAAUCUCUAUGUCUGAAGUUCACCUUCUUCACAGUCAAUUUAAUAAAACAUGACUAAUGUUUGAUAACAAGUUUGUCCUACAAGAAUGAGGAGGAAGUCCAUAGAGAGAAGAUGUGGUUCUGCAUUCAGUACAGUAUCUUUCUCCAAAACCCCUUUUACUGAGAGUUCUGCUUUAUGACAGCAACUUGACUUGCUGCCAGAGAAGCCAGAGAAGCUGGAAAUGAAGGAGAUUUAAGGUCUUAUAGAAAUUUGCCUGAUGCACCCCCUUGAUGUGGUGAAAACCAGGUUCCAGAUUCAGAGAUGUGCAACUGAUCCAAAUAGUUAUAAAAGCUUAGGAGACAGCUUUCGGAUGAUUUUCCGAACAGAAGGGCUGUUUGGUUUUUACAAGGGAAUUCUGCCACCCAUCUUAGCUGAAACACCAAAAAGAGCAGUGAAGUUUUUCACCUUUGAGCAGUACAAGAAAUUGCUAGGAUAUAUGUCACUGUCACCAGCACUGACAUUUGCCAUUGCUGGAUUGGGAUCCGGACUAACAGAAGCCAUCGUGGUUAACCCUUUUGAGGUAGUAAAAGUUGGCUUGCAAGCCAAUCGGAACACAUUCGCAGAGCAACCAUCCACUUUGGGUUACGCCAGACAAAUUAUUAAGAAGGAAGGCCUGGGACUCAGGGGCCUCAACAAAGGACUUACAGCAACUUUGGGACGUCAUGGAGCUUUCAACAUGGUUUAUUUUGGCUUCUACCACAAUGUCAAAAACAUUAUUCCUGUCAAUAAGGAUCCAACCUUGGAGUUUUUGAGAAAAUUUGGGAUUGGUUUUCUCUCAGGGACAAUGGCCUCAGUCAUUAACAUCCCUUUUGAUGUUGCCAAAAGUAGGAUUCAAGGGCCUCAGCCAGUUCCUGGAGAGAUCAAGUACAGAACCUGUUUUAAAACAAUGGCAACAGUCUAUCAGGAAGAAGGGAUUUUGGCUUUGUACAAAGGCCUACUUCCCAAGAUCAUGAGACUUGGACCAGGUGGUGCAGUGAUGCUGCUGGUAUAUGAAUACACCUAUCUGUGGCUGCAGGAAAACUGGUGAUUGCCAUGGAAGUGUUUUCCCCUUGAGAAAUGGAGACUUACUCUGCAACCCCAUCGAGAGUAGUGACUUCUAUCAGUUAAGCUAGGCCUACAGUUAUGAAGGGAAAACAGCUUGUUCAAGAACAAAGCCUGUUUUGAUACCUUAGAACUUAUCUUUAGACAACUUGAGAUGGUAGUUUGGGCUAUACACAUAAAAUUGUGAAAAGAAAAAUGUGAAGCAAUGAGGUAUGUAAGUUCAAUAUUACAAAUAGGAUAGAAAUCAGAUAUAUUUCCUAAAAGCCCUACAAGCUUUAUCACUUAGGUUCUUCUUAUACUGCUUCAAAAUGUAAAUUCAUGGAAAUGAUAACUUUUUUCUAACAGGUCUAGAAAUGCUUAAAUUCUUGAAAAUA